AUAUUGAAGUUUUUGAGCAAAAUGCUGAAGAACAUGAUCAAGUAUCCAAGGAGGAAUCAAGCGUUGACUCCCAAGUUGGAGAUCAAGUGGACAUUGGGCUUGAAGCCAUAGACAAAGAUAACGGGAGGUCCAACAUUGUGGACAAAAAUCAAGGUCCUCUUGCAGAAGAUGUUGCCAAUGUCGACAAGCCAGAUCCUUCUUUUCAGGAUUUUUAUACCUCAGCUGACGGAGCACCUGGUUUCACCGAGAGCAAAUACAUAUGUUACGUGUCAUGUCUCAUAUUUCCUUCACUUUGCUGCACGAGCCAAGAUGGUUGAAGAUUCCAAGAGUGAACUGUUCCUUUGGUCUAGCAUUAUCUCUCCAGUCCAGAAGCACGAAUGGGAGCCUCCACCUUGCGGACAAGGUGGGUUUUAAGAGGGUGAGAAUGAUAUGAUAAUAGAUUAGUUAUAUUAUUUAAUUAGGAUUCUUUAUUAUUUUAUAAUUAAUCCUGUCUAUGAUAAUAAAUACUUAUAAUUAAG